AUGUCAGACGACGGCCACGAAAAGGCGAAACUCGAGUCUCACGUAGACUUUGUUUCUACCGCGCCAGACCCACAAGAUGUCAACGCCUUCAUCGAUGACAUGGAGGGCCAGCUCGAGGCUUCCGGGGGUCUCAAGACGGGCUUCUUCCACGUGCAGUUCAGUGACCCGCGGCACUUUACAUGGCUGCUCGUCGCCUUUGCCAGCAUGGGCGGCCUGCUGUCUGGCCUGGACCAGAGCUUGAUCUCCGGCGCCAAUCUGUUCUUGCCCAAGGACUUGGACUUGACGGAGAGGCAGAAUAGUUUGGUGAAUGCGGGUAUGCCGUUGGGGGCUGUGGGAGGCGCCUUGUUGCUGUCGCCUGCGAAUGAGUACUGUGGACGCAAGUGGGCGAUUAUUAUCUCCAUUCUGCUCUACACUGUUGGUGCUGCGCUGGAAGCUGGCUCCAUCAACUUUGGUAUGAUUGUGUCUGGUCGUGUCAUUCUGGGUCUUGGUGUCGGCCUCGAGGGCGGCACUGUCCCCGUCUAUGUCGCUGAGACUGUCGAGCGCCGUAUUCGAGGCAACCUCGUAUCGCUCUACCAGUUUAACAUUGCGCUUGGAGAAGUCCUCGGAUAUGCUGUGGCGGCCAUCUUCCUCAAGGUUCCUGGCAACUGGCGUUAUAUCCUGGGUUCAUCGCUUCUAUUCUCCACCAUCAUGUUUGUUGGAAUGCUGUUCCUGCCAGAGAGCCCUCGCUUCCUCAUGCACAAGAACAGAAUUCUAGAUUCCUACAAAGUCUGGAAGCGCAUCCGCGGCACAGAGUCUCCCGAAUCCCGCGAGGAGUUUUAUAUCAUGGCCAAUUCCGUCCAGCAGGAGAACACGGAAGUCAGUGAAGGCGCCAAGAACACACGAUUCCCUUGGAUGGACUUUUUCACCGUUCCUCGCGCUCGUCGUGCUCUCGUUUACGCAAACAUUAUGAUUCUCCUCGGACAGCUGACGGGUGUGAAUGCCAUCAUGUACUACAUGUCCGUCCUCAUGAACCAGAUUGGCUUCGAUGAUGAAAAGGCCACAUACAUGUCACUUGUUGGAGGCGGAUCCUUGCUUAUUGGAACAAUUCCCGCUAUUUUCCUCAUGGAAACCUGUGGCAGACGCUUUUGGGCCAUCAUAAUGCUUCCGGGCUUCUUUAUUGGCCUGGUCUUGAUUGGCGUGGCGUAUCAAAUUCCCAUCGAUACCAACCUGCAGGCAGCAGAGGGGCUCUAUCUCAGCGGUCUCAUCAUCUACAUGAUGUUCUUUGGCUCUUAUGCAUGCUUAACAUGGGUUGUCCCAUCUGAAGUGUACCCAACCUACCUCCGAAGUUAUGGCAUGACCACCUCGGAUGCUCUCCUCUUCCUCGCCUCCUUUAUCGUGACAUACAACUUUACAGCCAUGGAGGACGCCAUGACCCGCACCGGCCUAACGCUGGGCUUCUACGGUGGCAUUGCUUUUGUCGGCGAGAUUUAUCAAAUCUUCUUCAUGCCUGAGACAAAGGACAAGACUCUUGAGGAGAUUGACGCUGUGUUCUCGCGCCCUACCUCGGAGAUUGUGCGUGAGAAUUGGGCGGGUGUCAAGGAAACUGUGGCGGAUGUGUGCAACCUCCGUUUCCGCAAGGUGUUUGAGGGGCAGAUGCAGCGGAGGAAGAGCCUUCACGAGCCUGUGACUGCUUAA